GCGCCCAUCAGCUUCAGUGAGUGGGAGGAAUCCGAGCAGCGGAGGAGGAUGAUGAUGAUGAUGCUUAUGGCUGUCACAGUCACAUCCCGAGGACCACCAGCGAUUCCUCAAAUGUGUGCUGUUAAGAGCCACUGCGGCAACUGAACGAUGGCCUCGGUCGGCAUUUUCGUGGGGCUCGUAGUGGCCGCAAUUGUUCGUUCUGUCAGUGGCAUAGACGGCCAAAGCUUGGCUUUAAUCGACUCCAAACAGAGAUCUGUGUUUCAGACUGGCGUGGUCACCAUCCUCUCUAAGUCACACGCGGACCGCAACGUUUAUCCUUCUGCCGGAGUGCUUUUCGUUCAUGUGCUAGAGAGAGAACACUUUAAAGGGGAGUUCCCACCGUAUCCGAAAGCAGGUGAUUCGAGUAACGACCCCAUCACAUUUAACACUAACCUUAAAGGCUAUCCAGACAGGCCCGGAUGGUUGCGGUACAUUCAAAGAACCUCGCAUAGUGAUGGAGUCCUCUAUGGCUCUCCAACAGCUGAUCAUGUGGGCAAGCCGACCAUCAUCGAGAUUACAGCGUAUAAUAAACGCACUUUUGAAACUGCCAGGCACAACUUGGUCAUAAACAUCAUGUCUACAGAAGAGUUUCCCUUGCCCUAUCAGGCUGAGUUCUUCAUCAAGAACAUGAACGUUGAGGAGAUGUUGGCCAGUGAGGUGCUGGGAGAUUUUCUCGGUGCUGUCAAGAACGUGUGGCAGCCGGAGAGACUUAAUGCCAUCAACAUCACUUCAGCGCUGGACCGGGGAGGACGAGUGCCUUUACCCAUCAAUGACCUGAAAGAGGGUGUGUAUGUGAUGGUGGGAGCAGACGUGCCGUUCUCGUCAUGCCUUCGAGAGGUGGAGACCCCACAGAACCAGCUGCGUUGCAAUCAGGAGAUGGAGCCCGUCAUCAGCUGUGAUAAGAAGUUCAGAGCUCAGUUCAACAUCGACUGGUGCAAGAUCUCUCUGGUGGACAUCACUAAGGUUGUUCCUGUGCACAGUAACCGUCCUGACCCGGGCACAGGUGUGCUGCCAGACAUCGGCGAGUACAACCCACCUUCUGAGUUACUGAAGAGUAGAGACUAUUUCGCUGACUUCCUGAUCACCCUGGCGGUGCCCUCAGCCGUCGCCCUGGUCCUCUUCAUCAUCCUCGGCUACUCCAUGUGCUGCCGACGGGAAGGGCUGGAAAAAAGAAACAUGCAAACACCAGAUAUUCAGCUGGUUCACCACAGCUCCAUUCAGAAGUCUUCUAAGGAGCUUCGCAGCAUGUCUAAGAACCGGGAGAUCUCGUGGCCUCUCUCGACACUGCCGGUCUUUCACCCUGUGAGCGGAGAGGUGGUGCCGCCCAUCCACCCCGACAACUACGAGACCACCAGCAUGCCACUCAUGCAGACGCAGACAAAUCUUCAAAAUCAGAUCCAAAUACCACAGCAGCAGAUCUCUGGUAAAUGGUAUUCCUGAGGAGAGAAAGGUGGCCGAAGCUCUAAACCUGUGAUCUCAUCCGUCUUUUUACGUUUGUACCUGUUUAAUCCUGCCAAAUGUGCAUGUCUAGCUGUGUUCUCAUGCACAUAUCUGAAAGAACAACAUUAUUCAGUGUCAGAACAACUAAUGUUGAUAUGGGCACAUUAAAAAAUAUACUUUUAAAAUAGUAUCAACAUCAAAGGUACACUAUGUAAUUUUCAAAAUGUAUAUAAUAAGCGAGUACAUCAUUAAUCCAUCUUCCAAACUGCGUUUUUACCUUAUCCCGAGUCACUACGGUAUGCCUAUAAUAAAUGUUUAUAUUGGGACUAUUUUAGAUGGAGUGGGACGACGACCGUGGAGUAUCCCAGUACUUGCGUGACUCGUCAUAGACAUAAACAGAGAGAAGUAGCUCCGGCUACAGUGUUCAUCCACAAGACGCAUGCAGUUUUAUUAACCGCUAGAGUGCCAAAACUUACAUAGUGUACCCUUUAAAUAUGGACUGGAGUCAAACUUUUUUACAAAGGUGAAUAAACUCACUUUUUGCCAAAUACCAGUUGUCUUUGGCCUACCACUAAUGGAGGCACAUUUAAUGAGAUCUUAACAGGUUGAUAUUGUUUGUUUUGUUCUUACAGUAUACGAGUAAAUAUGUUUUGAUAAAUAAACUAAUACACUUGCCACUACAUAAGAUUGGCUCAUGUUUGUUCUGGGGGUGCGAGUGUAGAUACUUAAACAGAAAUGAAAAUGUUUUUGAGAAGGGAUUUAUCAACAUUGACUUUACAAUAAGAUGAAUGCAUUUCCAAAUCAAAUGAAUAUUUUCACA